UCCGUAAGCAUUUUAUCAUGUUUGUUCUUGAUCCAUUUAGCUGCAGUUUUUCUUGCAAACGAAUAUAAUUAAUUCUUUUUAAAUAUGCAAACAAUGGUUUUGCAACAACGGUUAAGCCAUGCAACUGAUAAUUUAUUCUUUUUUUUUGUGUUGUUUCAGGUUUCAAUGGUCACGAAGUAUCGCCGUUAUAAAAUUAUGUUUCACGUCGAUAGCGUCUGAAAAAGGUAGCAAAUUUAAUUAUUUUCACCCAGCACCAUUGAAUAAUCACAAAUCCUAAUGUAUUAUUUCAAAACCGUUAGGCUCUAUAACAAAUAAUGACUAUUCGGGCUUUCUAGUAGCAACAUCCAAGUUUGGCGCCAGCGUACAAUCUCAGCGGACGCUUUUCAAAUGGUUUCGUUUUUUUGUUUACUACUACCCCAAACAGUACGAUAUUUUAAAAAGAACGUACGACUGCUGAUGAGUGUUUCCCGCUGAACCGAUUUGUGUGUGUCUUCCAUGAAUUUCAUUUCUGAGCAGUUGGUUAUACCUAGGCUGCUGAUGCUACAGAAGGAUUGUAUAGGGUUAUCCUGAGUAUUGCGUGGAUGGAUGCUUUAGGACUAGGCCAUAUUUUUGAAGACUGGGGUUCCGUUAGUUUUAGAAGCUCGCUGAACCCGUAAAACUAGUUGUGAAGUUAUUUCUAGCGACCGCAGCAAGACUUUUUUGUAAGCACCAUUACACGCUAAGACAACAUCACAACCAACAGGCAACGGUGGACAGAAUGCCCGAGAAAACUGAAAAGCUACAUCGCAUCGAAUUAGGGGCGGUGACGCCACAUAAUUAUCGCCAGCUAAAGGUUCUAAACAGCGUUGUUUUUCCAGUUAUCUACAACGAUAAAUUCUACCAGAAUGUUCUUGAGGUAGGAGACUUAGCCCGUUUAGCAUACUGUAACGACAUCGUAGUGGGGGCGGUUUGCUGUCGCGUUGAUAAAACUGAGAUGGGUCAACGUCGUCUGUACAUUAUGACCCUAGGUUGUCUUGCACCUUAUAGGCGACUUGGCAUCGGGACGAAGUUACUAAAACAUGUGCUCGAAUACGCUAAGAAAGAUGGAAAUUUUAAUUCAAUUUACUUGCACGUUCAAGUCCAGAACGACUGCGCGUUAAAAUUCUACGACAGAUUUGACUUUAAGGUGGUCGAUACGAUGCAAAACUACUACAAGCGAAUCAAACCGGCCGACGCACACGUACUUCAGAAGUCGUUAAAUCCAGUCGGAAGUGAAGCGACAAAUGGUCACUAGUAAAAUGUAGCUACAGUCUGUAUUGUGCGGAUACAGUCGGUUAAGUCUAACGAAAUAGAGGAAAGACUUCCAAUUUAAGAUGCUCAUGUCUAAUCAUCGUUACGGCGAGCUGUGCUACUUGUUACCACUGAUUGGAGAAAAUAAAUAUUGUUAACAAACAUAAUUAUCUGUCCAGAUAGAAAUGACACGGUUACCCUUCGAAGCUGAUUGCAUUUUACCACGUCAGGCUAAGUCGCGAGUAUUCUCUGGCGGCCAUUGCAGUGAGGCUGGCCUCACUGUAGUUAGAACAGAAUAAUUACUAUUAUUAGUAUCCCAUGUAUAUCAGUUGGCUGCCCUAUUGUUUACGCAGUUUAGCUGUGAAAUUGAUAUAAACACGUUCACACUUGUGUAAACACUGAAUGCUAGCAGCUACUGGAAGCUGUCAGAAUGCGUAAAACCAGCUAUAUAAAGGCAUGACCAGUGACGAUGUGUAAGGACUACACGAUGAUUAGGCAGUGUAUUCGAGUCUUGAUUGAUGUAGGAAGGUUGAAGAGCUAGGCAGAUGUGAAUAAUGUGUAUGGUGUGAAUUCAACAUAAUAUGCGUAAUGAUGGGAACAGUAAAAAUACGGUAUGGAACAUAUUAUCUUACUGAAUACGGGUAAGUCAUCUAUCGUGGGGGUAUUUCUUUCCCCGCUAGACUCCUCGGUCGUGAACACCUGGGCUAACGCGUUUUAGGUUGUUACGACAAUGCCCAUCAUAUCGAACGAUUUGAAAUAAUGGUAGAAUGAAUUAGAAAAGGUAGAAAUAACGGGUUGUAAGAGCUGAUUUUGUAUUCCAAAAAAGUAAUUUCAUAAAAUGAUGGCCUUCUUCCUUGUGAACUGUUCUAUUGGGAAAGUAUGUCGUCCAAAUAAAUGAAUGACUGAAGCGCCGAUCAACAGGCGCAUGAGAAGCAGCAAAAAGAUGUUUUGAGGUAAAGUUCUCUUGGUAGAAGUAGGACAGCUGCUACUAAUCGUUGAGUCACUGACAAUAAGUCAUCCUAUUGAAGGCUUUGGGUAUAAAGCUGAGUUGUUUUUCUAAUAAAAGCGACCGAAAUAAUCGCAUAUUUUAUGCUAA